AUGGUUGCUCCCACUGACUCCCAUCAUGAAGAAGGGCGACCAGGAACCGCCUACAUACUUCCGUUUCCAGCCCGGCCUCUUUCUUUCCGCGCGGAUAGCGCUCUCACAAACAUGGUGAACGUUCCUAAAACCCGCCGGACUUUCUGUAAGAAGUGUGGCAAGCACCAGCCCCACAAAGUGACACAGUACAAGAAAGGCAAGGAUUCUCUGUAUGCACAGGGAAAGCGGCGUUAUGACAGGAAACAGAGUGGUUAUGGUGGGCAGACUAAGCCAAUUUUCCGCAAAAAGGCUAAAACUACAAAGAAGAUUGUCCUGAGGCUUGAAUGUGUUGAGCCCAACUGCAGAUCUAAGAGAAUGCUGGCUAUUAAGAGAUGCAAACAUUUUGAACUGGGAGGAGAUAAGAAGAGAAAGGGCCAAGUGAUCCAGUUCUAAACUUCAUAUUUUUAUCGUGAAGACAAUAAAAUCUUGAGAAUAUGUUUGCUUCAUAUGGUUGGUCUUUUGGGGAGGGAAAUAAACUAGUGUCAUUAAAAAAAUUUCCCUUGGGAAAUUUAUGCUUGA